UGAGAAACUUAUUCAGGGCGAAAAACUCCCGCGUUUGCAGGAGGCUCAGUUACCAAGGAGACGAGAGCUGUGGCGCUAGUCUCUGCUAGCCGUUAAGCUAGCGGUUAAACUCCGAGAACGACUAGAAAGGGCUAUCGUGCUGCAUGUGUAUGUGUAAGGGGACAUUGGUAUCAUGGCGGAGCUCCACAUUAUCGGCCAGAUUGUUGGGGCUACUGGUUUCCCGCAGAACAGUCUAUUUUGCAAAUGGGGAGUCCACACGGGAGGAGCAUGGCGUCUCCUGUCCGGGCUGAAGGAGGGUCAGACCCAGGUGGAUGUCCCCCAAACAGGAGACACGGCGUACUGGAGUCACCCCAUCGAUCUGCACUACGCGACCAAGGGACUCCAGGGCUGGCCAAAGCUUCACCUCCAGGUGUGGCACCAGGACUCUUUCGGCCGCUGCGAGUUGUACGGUUACGGGUACUGCCACGUCCCGUCUAGCCCCGGACACCACCGGAUAAACUGCGGGACCUGGAGGCCGCUCGGCUCCUGGCAGGAGCAGUUGGCACAAAAGUUUGUCGGCGGAGGACCGCAGCUCCGCAGCCCGGACCUCAUCUACAGCGGGGCGGACAGAUACAGGCUGCACACCGAGGCCAUGGGGACGGUGGAGCUGGAGCUAGGCAUCGUCAUGAGACACUUUGACAAAUAUGGCGUCGAGAGUUAACUCUGUGACAUAAAACAAGACUU